GGCGUCAUCGUUAUCAUUACCUCAUAACCAACGUUAGCCCGCACGACCGAUUGAAAGCAAAAGUAGCAUUUAUCAUACUGCUUGCUUGCUAACAUUAUGUCACAAGGAUAUGAAAGUUUAAUAAUAUUUAUGAAUGUUUUUACAAGUUACUAGUAUAAUGUUGAUGAACUAUGUAAACAAUAUUUUGUUGACAAAACCUUAUAUGUAGUUAAUCUAAUCUAAGCAAUAGUUUUGAAAACGUUUAAAAAUAAUUAAUAGAUGAAUACAUCUACACUUUGGCUUGGAUAUCUUGACUUGGACAUUAAUACCUUGACUCAAGCAGAAAGAUUAGCUGAUGACAGAAUCUAACUUUACUGUGCGCAACUUCAUUAUUUACUUUUGUAACAAUCAACAGCUUUUCAAGUAUUAAACAUUUGUUUUAGAUGUAAUCCGAGUUUUUAGGAUUUUGAAAUAACUGUUAACGCAAUUAUUAAAAUUACGCUGUUGGUUCUAGGAUGUGGUCCCGAUAUUUUAAACUAAGAAGUUCCGGGAAUAAAGAUAAAGGUAUAUCUCUAAUUAUAGAGAAUAGCCCGAAUGGGGUUUAUACAGUGAAAGUGCUUCAAAGUGUACUUACAGAACAUAGUGAAACUUUCAGAAAAAUGGCACAAGAAGGAAAGUUUAAAAAUAAAAAGAAAAUAAAGCUUGAUCAGGUGACCAUAACAGCACUGCAUAAAAUACUUGAGUACAUGGAAACCGAAACUGUUACUUUUGAAAAUCACACUGAAACACUGGAAACUCUUACUGCAGCUCUUACGUAUCAGAUACAAGCCAUGCAGACAAUUUGUGUUAAUAAUCUAAUAACAAUACUGGAAACGAGUAACGUCUGCGAAAUCUAUGACUACGCUUCUAGCUACCAUUUAAACGAACUUGAAUUUCACUGCCUGAAGCUGAUUGACAAACAUGCAGAAGAUGUCUUGAAAUCGAGAGGAUUCAUGACGCUGCCAAAAGCAACAGUUCUGAACAUCAUUAAAAGGAACAGUUUAAAUAUAAAUUCAGAAAUAAGCGUAUUCCAAGCCGUACUUGGUUGGGGAUUUAACUAUUGCCACAGGAGAAGUAUAAGUUCAGAUGAUACCCAGAAGUUUAUACAGGAUCACAAAACUUUAUUCGAGAAUGUUCGGUUUCUGAAUAUGUCGAAGGAGGAACUAAAAGAUCCAGAAGUCGAAAAGCAUUAUAAACUGAUAUGCGCCGAAGAACAUUUGAGUAAAAGAAAGUCCAUGUUGGAAUCUGAAGCUAAACCCAGGUCUACAACACUGGAUUCUUCAGGAGCAAUACCGAGACAAUAUGCUACUCAUUACUUCUACGAACUCGACAUCUACGAAACGGACCAACAGCCGGUAAAAAAUGGCGAAGUAUUUUGCAUAAGCAUUGAGAUUCUCAAGGGAAAAGUAUUUUUAACCUCUGUAACUCUCGCACUGGAAACAUUUGCAGCCACAAAGAACACAGCAUGUCUAUAUGUUGUUUCCACAGCAACUAAUGUGUUAACAAAUGAGCAGAAAACAGCAAGGGGUACUUUCAUGAAUACUAGUGAAGAAGCGUUACUGGAAUUUCCCAACCCUUUAAUGGCAAAAGAGUCCGAAAGAAUAGAUAUAGCUCUUAAGGUUAAGAGAGCAGAGAAUAUUUGCCCAAUGAUGAUAAAGAAAGAUGUUCAAAUAGCCGUGUCAGAAACCAAAGAAGUGGCGAUGAAAGUGAUUCCUUCAAUUGCGUCAGAUGAAUGUCUGGAAGGAGAAAGGUGCAUAUUUAAAGAAAUUGUUUAUUUUUAUUGAACGAUUUAAAUAUCAAAAACUUUGAUUUGAGAUUUAAAACAUACUUACAUCAUGUAGUAUCAUUAGUGUACAACAUUUAUACAUAUAGUAUUGAAAAAGUAUUUCCCGUUAUAUAUUAUUUUUUAUCUUAUAAGUUUAAUAAAUUUUCGAAUUCUGUAAA